AUGGAGGGAAGCACGAACCUUGGAAGUCUUCGUCCUACUUCCCAGAAGUGCGAUGCAAUGGCCUUUGUGUUACGUCAGUUGGGAUGCCUCACCAGUAGUGCCUCAAAUGCAAUGGCUCGGCGCAUGGAUGGUGGAGGAUGCUGCUCCCUUGAGAUUGGUGUAGCAGUGGUGGUCUUGAUGAUGGCCUUACCACCGUGUGGGCGAAGUCGUCUUAAGCAGCAAAGUGGUGUCUGUGCUGAGGUGAUGCAUAGAAGCGAGGAGUCGGACGUAGUUUAG